AUGAGGAAUUUGUUGCUUCUCAAUCGAGGCCGUGUGUCUCCAGAGUCACUCACAUACCCAGAUUUAUCUGUUGUAGACUCGGUUUUUGACGUGGUGUCCGAUACUGUGACCUGCGUUCUCACUUCUGCUGAAAGCGGAAUCAUCGAGGUCCAGCAGCUUAUGAAAAGUGGUCAGACGGUUGUUUUGGCUUCGUUCUCAAGUCCACAAUCCAAACUUAUCUCAUUUUGUCAUCUUGUGGACUCCUCGUCGCUUGUUUUUGUCUUCGAAAACGGUGACAUCAUCUCUGCCACCUAUGAUGCUUAUGCUCCCGAUGCUGAUACCACAUCGGUGGAAAUCGUGGGACUGAUUGACGCCGGUAUCUACACAGCCAGCUGGUCUCCCGAUGAAGAAACUUUGGUGCUCCUCACAAAAGAGAAUAAUCUUAUAUUGUUGCUGAGACUCUUCGACCCAAUUUGCGAAAAACAUCUCAAUCCCGAUGAUAUCAACGUUGCCGAUUCCAAACAUGUGAGUGUCGGUUGGGGUAAGGAGGAGACUCAAUUUAAGGGUAAAGGUUUCAAGGCACUCGAAAGAGAAAGAGAGGCCCUCAAGUAUGCGGGCCUUGACUUGAAAGAAGACUCCCCAAUGCGAGACCCUACUGUGGCCGAACUCGAGAGAGGAACUUUGUCGCAAUUUGACAAUGGAUCUUGUUCAAUCAGUUGGAGAGGUGACUGCGAAUAUUUUGCUGUCACCACUAUUGAGGAUGUUGUGGCCAGUGAGUCAUAUUCAAGACGAGUCAUCCGAGUAUUCUCUAGAGAGGGAGGAUUAGACUCUGUUUCUGAAGCUGUCGAUGGUCUUGAGCAUACUCUCGCAUGGAGACCUUCUGGUUCAUUAAUUGCAUCUACACAGCGUUUCACUGACUCUGAUGGAGACGAAGUAUUGAAUGUUGCAUUCUAUGAAAGAAAUGGAUUGAGGCACGGAGAAUUCAACACUCGUCUUGAUCCAACUGAGGAGCAAAUUGUCAACAUUGAGUGGUCUGCUAAUAGUGAUGUGAUGGCAUUUCACACCAAUAAUUGCGUCCGCGUGUGGUCCACCAAGAAUUACCACUGGUAUUUAAAACAGGAAAUUUUUGUCAAUGAUCAGAAUCCAGAUAAUGAAGUUUCAUACAUCAAAUUUCAUCCAGAGAAGCCUCUCCAUCUAAUGGUUGGCACAACUUUGGAUGGUGUUUACAUGUUCAACUUCGCAUACAAAAUUGCAUCAGGACCGACUGUAGCCACCAUGGAUGUUGGCAUGACAGCGGUCAUUGAUGGUCAGAAUUUGAAAAUCACACCUUUGGCUAUUGCCAAUGUACCUCCUCCAAUUUCAUUCAGAGAGUACGACUUACUGGAUAACGCUUUGGAUGUUGCUGUGAGUUCCUCCAAUGAGAGAUUUGCAGUUGUUACUAGUAAACAUGAAGUUCAGAUCCACUCCAUCACCCUUGAAGAUAUGAAGAAGAAUGAAAAUCCAACUGUGGCAAUAAUAGAAAAAGGAGUUGCCUCAUUGGACUCGGAACUUAUCAAACAGGUUGCAUUCAUUCAGGACACCGUAGUUGCGGUUUUAGUGGACACCGCUUCUUCUUCGAAGGUUGUCUUGGUGGAUAUUGGGAACACCGAUAUCCCAAUAGGAGAAGUUGAAUUGGAAUGCCGUGCGGUGCUUAUCAAGUCUAGAAGCGACUUUGAGAUGGCUGUUGUCGAAUGCGUCAAUGGUGCAGUGUACGAGAUUUCAGAUAUUGGUAUUGCAACACACAUCUCCACAUUUCCCCAGCUCUGCCAGGAGUUUGAAGUUGCAGUCAUCAAGUCCGACCUAGAAGAAACUGCGCUACCAAUUGGUAUUACUGCCAAUGGUAAAUUAAUGGGAGGAGAGAAGCAACUUGCUACUGCUGUAACUUCCUUGAAGGUAACCGAUACACUUCUUGCUUUCACAACUGCACACUCCCAGGUCUGCUUCGUGCAUCUUUCAUCAGCACUUGAGCCAGAAAAAUUCACAUUUCUCCAAAACCAUAGCGAGGGUGCUGAUGAGAGGAUCAGACAGAUUGAGAGAGGAUCUAUCUUGGUGUCAUGCGUUCCAUCCAAAUAUUCAGUCAUAUUGCAAGCUCCAAGAGGUAAUCUUGAGACCAUCUGUCCGCGUAUCAUGGUGUUAACGGGCGUCAGAAAGUUCAUCAAGGAGAAAAAUUUCCACGAGGCAUUUAUUGCUUGUCGUACGCACAGAAUUGACUUGGACUUGUUGCAUGAUUAUGAUCAGGAACUGUUCUAUAGCAAUACUGAACUUUUUGUCAACCAGAUCAAAAAAGUUGAUUAUUUGGAUUUGUUUGUUUCCUGUUUACACGACGAGGAUGUGUCUGUGACAAAGUACAAAGACACUUUGGUAGACACGGAUCAGGUCGUGAGCCAAAUGGCGAAUCUAGAGAUUGACCAAGCGGCCGAAAAACCCACUACCCGAAGAAUGAUCAUCAACAAGUUAGUGGAGCAAGAGUCGUCUAAGGUCAAUCAAAUCUGUAAUGCCAUUCUUGCAGUUUUGUCUCAACCAAAGUACGCAGUGGAAUACUUACAGACAAGGGUUACAGCUUUUGCAUGCCAAAAGCCACCUAAUUUGGCAGGUGCUUUGCAACUCAUCUCGUCUCUUUCCAACGAGGACGAGCAAGAGCAGGCUCUCACGCACUUGUGUUUCUUGCUGGAUGUCAACAAAUUGUACAACCAUGCCUUGGAAUUGUAUGAUGUGAAGCUCGCAUUGAACAUAGCACAAAAGUCACAAAAGGAUCCUAAGGAAUACUUGCCCUUCCUCCAGAACUUGCAUAUCCAGCCUCAAUUGAGGAAGCAAUUUUUGAUUGAUGAUUAUCUCAAGUACCACAAAAAGGCUUUGAACUGGCUUUUUGAGCUUGCAGAAGAAGCAACUUCGGAAUUCGAUGAUUAUGUGGUGAAGCACGAAUUGUACAAGCAUGCAUUGUCAAUUUACAAGUAUGACACAGAACGCUCAAAGCAAAUAUUGGCACUCCAUGCUGACUUCCUCUAUGAUAGCAGCAAGUUUGUUGAGGCUGCUGUCACGUUUGAGUACCUUCAAAAUUCUGAAAGAGCAUUGGAGAGUUAUGUCGCAGGUAAAAGAUGGAAAGAAGCACUUUCGAUCGCCCCUAAAUUUGGGGCUGAAACAAUCAAGUCAACCGCUCAACAAUUGUCGACUGUUCUUGUCGAUGAUCAUAAGUAUUCUGAUGCUGCUGAGAUCGAAUUGAGAUACUUAAACAACAUCGAAGAAGCUGUGAGACUUUAUUGCAAGAGUUAUCAAUUUGACAGUGCAUUGCUCUUAGCGAUUGAGCAUGGCAAACUAGAAUUGAUCACUUCCGUUGUGGAUGUUCAGUUGGGAGAAGGAUUCGGUACAAUUGCUGAGUUGCUUGCAGAUUGUAAGAGCCAGGCCAACUCCCAGUUGAGAAGAUUGAGGGAAUUGAGACAAAAGAAGGAAGAAGAUCCAUACGCUUUCUACGGUAUACCCAACGAUGAUUUGGACACUCCUGACAAUGUCUCGGUUGCCGCAUCCGAAACCUCAACCACGCCUUCCUUCUUUACCAAAUACACUGGAAAGACAUCUGGGACAGCGAAGACCGGAGCUUCUAGGAGGACAGCCAAGAACAGAAAGAGAGAAGAGAGAAAGAGGGCAAAGGGCAGGAAAGGAACCAUUUAUGAGGAGGAGUAUCUUAUUAAGUCUGUGGGCCGUUUGGUGGAGAGAUUGGACCAGACUCAGGCAGAUGCAUCCAACUUGAUUGAAGGUUUGGUCAGAAGGCUGAUGAUUCCACAGGCAUACCAAAUCCAGAGUAAUUGGGUAGAGCUCACCGAGUUCCUUCGGGAGCAUAUCGUUGAGAUCCACAACAUGAGCGAAAGAGACCGUGAAAGAAUUGAUGAUAAUGGCGAGGUUUACCUUAUCGAUGAAAUCCCUCCACCAGUAAUUAAGGACUUUGCGAAGGUGGAGAUUUUGGACUAUUAG